GCCUGGCCCUCCUCCUCGUUCGGGUUAAGGGUGGCCUGUCCCAGCUUGUCUCCUUCAAGCUGCUCAUCCUUUAUGGGCGCAGACGCUUGUGACCUUUGCAUCGACUCCGGAAGGGCGAGCCGCUGGCCUCGGACGGCGGUGGCAAGGCUGAGUGCCACGACGGAGAAGGGAAGCCGCCUCGCCGCCAUUGCCGCUUCCCACCGCUGCAGCUGCUGCUGGAACUUUCUUUGCAGGCCGGCAGGGGUGACAAGAGCAUCUGCCGUGGCUCCGGAGAUGAAGCCAAAAAUCCUGCUCCUCCUCUUGUUCACAGGGGUUGUCAUCCUCAGCUAUGCUUUCCACCGAAUGGAGAUCAAGAUUACCAUCUUCAGAAGUCUUAUGAGGCAAAUCGAAACAGAGCAAGUUACAGGAGACAUUGCUGCAGAUACCGGGAGCAGAAUCUGCCUAACGAAUGAAGUAACUACAAAGCAGACUAAGAAGGAGGUGCCAAAGAAGGACAAAGAGGUGAAAUACAUCGUUGCAAAACUGGACCAGCGGAUGCCCAAAGUCACUUUCACUGAUAUAAAAACCACCACAAGUGCCAAGAGCAGCAAAGCCACCCUUGUGAGCCCGAAAGGCUCUUACUGUGUUGGGGAGCACUUGCUGGUUCGGCUGGACUUGUUCGACCACUUGGGGAAGAGGAAGGAGUACGGAGGCGACUUCUUACAAGCGAGGAUCUAUUCCCCGGGUCUGAAAGCCGCGGCUUCUGGGCAUAUCCAAGACUAUAAGAAUGGAACAUAUCUGGUCAAUUUCACCCUCUUUUGGGAGGGUGAUGUCAAGGUCUCCCUCUUGCUGAUCCACUCCAGUGAAGCGGUUUCUGCGCUGUGGGCAACGAGGAAGAAAGGCUACGACAAAGUCAUUUUCAGGGGGAAAUAUUUAAAUGGAGCAUCAGCUGUCUUCACCAAAUGUACUUUUAACAUAACCACAGAGGCAGAGCUCUGUGAAUAUCUAGAUGAUCGGGACCAGGAGGCCUUCUACUGCGUGAAACCAAAGAACGUGCCGUGCGCAGCCUUCCUCUCCCUGACGUCCUACAACGCGCCCAUGUCAUAUCUCACAGACUUGGAACGGAGCCUUAUAAAGCGGUCCAACAUUGGAAUUGAGAUCCCUCAGGCCUUCAAGGACAUCCGUGUGGUACCCUGCGAAAGUAACAAGACGACAGCAAGGGAGCCAUGCAGGUUUAAGGUCUCGUCCCCGUUUCCCAGUGGCUUCGCCCUGCAGAACCAGUGGCACCCAGUUUCCUGCACCCUGGAGACUCUGAACACCUUGGAUCAUCUUUACACCUGCUUGCAAGGGAAGGUGAUUUACCUGCUGGGAGACUCCACGUCCCGGCAGUGGAUAGAGUAUCUCACCAGGACGAUGAAGUCCCUCAAAUAUCUGGACACCCAUGGAUUUGGAAGACACCCCAAUUUGGUUGCUGUGGACAUGAACAGGAAGAUUCAGGUCCAGUGGAAAAAGCACAACCACCCCUUAGUCACUGCUAGCGAGUACCUGACCACGGAUCACAACUACAUCGCCCGGGAGAUCGACAGCAUUGCGGGAGACAAAGACACGGCCGUCGUGGUCGCCCUGGGCCAGCACUUCCGCCCCUUCCCCAUCGAGCUGUUUGUCCACAGGGCGCUCAACGUCCGGCGGGCCAUCCAGCGCCUCCUCCUGAGAAGCCCACACACCCGCGUCGUCAUCAAGGGGGAGAACACGCGGGAGCUGGACGUGGACCAGGAGCGGUUCAGCGACUUCCACGGCUUUGCCCAGUACCUCGCGGCCAAGGAUGUCUUUGGGGAGUUGGACGUGGCCUUUGUGGACGCCUGGGACAUGACGAUCGCCUACGCCACAGGCGAUGUUCACCCCCCAGAUCACGUGAUUGGAAAUCAAAUCAACAUGUUUUUAAAUUAUAUAUGCUAAGUCACGGAAGCAAAUCCAAUGUACGAACUUUCAAUUCAUAGGGGAGAUAAUUUUAAAGGAGAAGAUUUUUGGGGUGGUAUGUGGACAGAUGGGGCGGAGCGGGAAUGCUUGAACCUAAAUGUCUCCUUGCCAAGUCUAUCUCAAUCAGGGAAAUGGCAGCUUUGCAUUUCAAAUGGGGGCCCUGUGCCCGGUUGGGCGUUGCAUCACCUGACGGCCAUCUCCCGCCAGGUGGCUGGUACACUGGGCCACAAGUGGGCGUGAACAUUGCACCUGGGCAGGGCGUCAGGGAUGCGAAUUUGGCUCCCCCCCACCCGUCCUGUGCCUGUCCCAGGAAGACCUUCCCUCCUCGCCCUGGCCGGCAGCCGCUGUCGGUUCCGCCAAGCCAGGCAGGCUUUCCCGCACCCAUGCCAGAGCUGUGCCGAAGGUGCCGCUGGCCCACCGUGGGGCUGCUCCUCUCCACACAGGCAGACCGAUCGUGCCUGGGGGCGACGUCUCUGCUCUGGGGGCUGCCUCCUGUGGGGGAACCCCUUCUCUCAGCCUGCCCCAUGCACCUCCCCAGGUCCCGCGUGACCAGCACUGCUGGCACCCCCGUCCAGCAUGUCUGGAGGGAACCCGCCUGGCGAUGUCAGAGCAGGGCCACUGCCACCGGGCGUCCGGCUGCUGCUGUCCCCCUCGGGGUUCUGGGCUCCCGCACAAGCCACCCGUACUUCACGGGCCACUCCGUGGUGGAGCUUUCUUGGGCAGGGGAAUGGUGGCUGUCGGUGCACGGUGACGGUUACAGCCCUUCCAUGAGCAGCGUGGGCUGAGGCCUGCCUUAACAGUGGCCAGGCAGGGAUCUGGGCCAUGUUGCCACGGAAACAGGGCAGGCCGCAGGAAGUGCCUGUCUCCCCGUGUCACGCUUAGAAUGACCCUGUUAGAUUAUUAUUAAUUUGUUAUUUAUAUUUUAAUAAUGGCUUAUGAAGUUCUGUGGUAUAUUUCUAAUUUUUGUCCACUGUAUGCCACCUAGACGGUCUUUUGCACUGUUCGGCAGCUUCUAAAUAGAAAAAUAAAUGAAUAAAUCUUGUA